CUGCUGACCUCCAUACAGUUUUCAGUGAUUGUGUUGACUGUACUGUAGCUGCACAAACCACUGAUCUCUGUACAGUUUGCCAAUUCUGUUGACACGGCUAGAAAUCUGCGUGUUGUUUUCUGUCUUUAAAACAAUUUUGAGUCGCUUCCGUAUAUCAUGGCGCUUUUUAAAAAAAUGGAAGUAGUGUUCAGCCUCAUAUCGUUAACUGUCACCAAGGCUUUGCAGAUUUCCGGACUUGUGGACAACAGGAAUGUCCUGAGAACCAGGAAGAUGGAGGAAAAAGCGUUAGAAGUUUAUGAUGUGAUUCGAUCGAUCCGAGACCCAGAGAAACCCAGCACCCUGGAGGAGCUGGAUGUGGUGACAGAGAAAUGUGUGGAGGUCCAGGAGCUCGCAGAGGAUGAGUACCUCAUCAUUAUCAAGUUCUCUCCAACUGUCCCUCACUGCUCACUGGCUACUCUGAUCGGUUUGUGCUUACAAGUGAAGCUACAAAGAUGUUUGCCAUUUAAACACAAGUUGGAAAUCUACAUUUCAGAAGGAACCCAUUCUACUGAAGAAGAUAUUAACAAACAGAUCAACGAUAAGGAGCGAGUGGCAGCUGCCAUGGAAAACCCCAACCUGAGAGAGAUUGUUGAGCAGUGCGUUACCGAACCAGAUGACUAAACUGCAGCUGCUUGAAGCGAACCCUUUAGAUCUGAAAAUUCUUUGUGUGUUUAUGUUUAUGUGUCUCCACAGUACCUGACAAUAUUAUUCAGAGGAUUCCUGAGCAUCUGUCUGAAGGGAGAAGCUUCUGUUGACUCCAAAAAGUUUUUCAAGUGCUUGGUAGACUUUUGUAGGGUUUUCAGAGUAAAACUUGAAUAUUGGACAAUGAAUCAAAAGCACGAUUGGGAGCUUGGAAAAAAAAAACAAGCAAAUGUAUUAUGACUUUCCUCAUCAUUCCCAACUGGACAGCCUCUGGUCUUUGUGGUCGUCUGUUGAAUUCUGCUCAACUCAGCAUCAGAUGCUACAGGGGAAGUAGGCCAGAGAAAACAGACCACUUGUCAUACUUCCAUCUCAUCCUCCAGUCUUUUUUUUUUUGGAAACACACUCUGCAAUGCUAUAGGCUGAGAAGGAUCUGACUCUUGAUCUCCUUUUGUAUAUUAAAACAGUAAAAAGAAUGGAGAUGUUUCCAUCUUUUCUUGAUUGAUUAAUCAAUAGACGUGUCUCAAAUUAAAGUCUGAAUAGAAAUGUCUUUUUCAGUGGAAUUAAAAAAAAAAGUUGAACAAAAUAAUGAAGUAUUAAAAGCUACUGUGUGUUACUGACAGAGUAAUGGAACAGAAUAAAGGAUGUGUAAUUUUA